CCGCGGCAGGGAGUGCCGGAGCGCCGGCGGCGACGACGGCAGCGGCGGCUGAGCAGGCUCGGUGCGUGGGUCCACAGCGGCUCGGGGUCCGCCCGCUGGCUGCGGUGCGAGCGGGCGGCCCGGCUGCCCUCCUCCCCCGCCCGCCGCCGUCGCCGCUGUGAUUGGGUGGAAGAUGGCGCUGGGCGGAUGGAAAUCCUAAUGACAGUCUCCAAAUUCGCCUCCAUCUGUACCAUGGGCGCCAAUGCCUCGGCAUUAGAGAAAGAGAUUGGUCCAGAACAGUUUCCAGUCAAUGAGCACUAUUUUGGAUUAGUCAAUUUUGGGAAUACUUGCUACUGCAAUUCAGUUCUUCAAGCACUUUAUUUUUGUCGUCCGUUUCGGGAAAAAGUUCUCGCAUACAAGAGUCAACCCAGGAAGAAGGAGAGUCUUCUUACGUGCUUAGCAGACCUCUUCCACAGCAUCGCUACCCAGAAGAAGAAGGUUGGAGUCAUACCUCCUAAGAAGUUCAUAACAAGAUUACGGAAAGAAAAUGAGCUUUUUGACAACUACAUGCAGCAAGAUGCCCAUGAAUUCUUAAAUUACCUACUAAAUACAAUUGCUGAUAUUUUACAAGAAGAGAGAAAGCAGGAAAAACAAAAUGGUCGUUUGCCCAACGGUAAUAUUGACAGUGAAAAUAACAACAGCACACCAGACCCAACGUGGGUUCAUGAGAUUUUUCAGGGAACAUUAACUAAUGAAACCAGAUGUCUUACUUGUGAAACUAUAAGCAGCAAAGAUGAAGAUUUUUUAGACCUUUCUGUUGACGUGGAACAAAACACAUCCAUUACUCACUGCUUAAGGGGUUUUAGCAACACAGAAACUCUAUGCAGUGAAUACAAAUACUACUGUGAAGAAUGCCGCAGCAAACAGGAAGCACACAAACGGAUGAAAGUUAAAAAGCUGCCCAUGAUUCUAGCUCUGCAUCUGAAAAGAUUUAAAUAUAUGGAUCAGCUUCAUCGAUAUACAAAACUUUCUUACCGGGUAGUUUUUCCUUUAGAACUUCGUCUAUUUAACACUUCAGGCGAUGCAACCAAUCCUGACAGAAUGUACGACCUCGUGGCCGUCGUGGUUCACUGUGGAAGUGGUCCCAAUCGAGGCCAUUAUAUUGCAAUAGUUAAGAGUCAUGAUUUUUGGUUGUUGUUUGAUGACGACAUUGUAGAAAAAAUAGAUGCACAAGCUAUCGAAGAAUUCUACGGGUUGACGUCAGAUAUCUCAAAGAACUCUGAGUCUGGCUACAUCCUUUUCUAUCAGUCCCGGGACUGAGGGAACCGCUAUGAAGAGAGACUUUCUGCCUCAUUUCUUCUCUGGUUAUUUGGGAAAGGAUCAAGCACCAGUUUUCCAAGAAAAGAGAAAUGCAGGAAGCUCAGGGGGUAGUAGCACACUUUGCACACAGUAAAGCAAAGGCUGGAUUCACACACUCUUCCUACCAUGGUAGUUGAUUGAUUUGCUCAGGUAUCGUGCUGUCUGCGCAGUUCCAUACAACAAGGCAGUGAAAUCAGAGAUACCAGCUCCUCUUGUAAAACAGCCUUCCAGUAAUUGACAUGCAUUUUCUCUUCAUUAAUUGCACCAAUAAUGAUUGAACUCCUUGGGGGUGCAGUAGAAAGAAAAGGAAUCUGUGAGUUUGUACUGACAAUUGCAGGAGAUGAUGUUGAACACACUGCAUACAUUUGCCUGGUUGAACACGUCGAGAAGCAAUACUGGGUGGUCUUUUCAAGCGUAAACCAGAAAUAACUUUUGGGCCCAACACUUGCAGUUGCCUUCCUGAUGUAAAGAAACUAACAGAUACUAGAAUCCAGUGUCAGGAAGACAAAUACGUUUGCUUCUCUGAAGAAGCUUAUAAUAAUAUACAGUAUAUGUAUAUCUAGGGAACAGUUGGUCAAAAGUGGCUUUUUGUUUCCCCAAGGGGAAAGACUGGCUUUGUAAUUAUAAUUUUUUUCCUUAUUUAUUUUACUUAAAACUGGUAGAGUCUAAGUAUUGUAUGAAGUGCCCAUGAUUGUGUCAGUAAAUUUGAGCAUAUUUUUAUUAGUUUUUGUCAGUUUUAACUAAUCCUUUUGUUUGUUUCUGUUUUUAAGGUGAAUUUUAAACUCUGUUUUAAAUCAUAAGUUACCUUAAGAAAAAUUGCAAUGAGAGGAGGUACAUAUUCUUUUUCAGGAGGAACUGAUAUCUCUGGCUAAAUAUUUGUCCUAGUUGUCAGUCAGUUAUUUUAUUCAGUUUUAAUUUCAGGAAAAUUAAAAACUAUCAAAAAUUCCGUAUCAUUGUGGAAUGAUCUAAGAAAUCCUGGUGCAGUGGUGGUGUGCUGGUCUUGAGAGUUCUUCAGUGCUCUAUUUCAGGUUGAGGCCACGUUUGGAAAAUUCAUGUCAUAGCAGUUAACGUUAUUUUCAAAUGUUCUUUAUCCUGGAGAGAAGUGAUCCAUCCCAGCCCCAGCGCCUGGAGAGCUAACAGACCCUGUGAGGAUUACAUUUUAAUGAGGUCGACCAGAAGUACUUUGAAAGCAAGUCUUUUUUUUCCCCUUCCACCUUUACAAAUGUUAUUGGAAUUUAACUUUGUGUUUAAGACUUCAUUCUGUUGGGAGUUUCAAGAAGUAAUAUGUGUGAUGUAAGAUGUAUGUAAACCGUUGCAGUUGACACUUUUCCAUGCAUCAAGGAAGUUGUCUGACAGUGGCCGAAUGUAACUUGCUGAAAAUAAUUGAAUAUAUAUUCAAGAUAAUAGCAAUCAGGUCUUAGAUGUUCUUUAUCCAUGUUUUUCCAGGCAGUAAUCUUUCUUUUUUAAUUGUUGUAAUUUUGUAAACUUAUUUUACUAAUACUGUUGAAUCUGAAAAACAAGCAACAAAAAAAUGUUUUGUCUGCUGCUAUUAUUAACAUUUAUUAUCUGUAUCUUUUAGCUCAGGAAAUGACUUCACCUGUUCGUUCCAUGAAUAGAUCUUUAACAGGGUCACUUAGCUAAUUGGGCUGUUGAAACAGAUGUGCUGGGAGAAAAUGAUGAUAUAUUUUGACAGAUUGCUUUUUAAGAGACAGUUUCUAAAGCCUUACCCUGGCUGGAAUGGUUCUGUACAAAUUAUAUGGCCUGCCUGAUCUACCAACAUGGCACAGAGAAUCACAACCAAGAAUGUGGGCAAGGUGAUAGCUGCGGAGGUGGAUGCAUUUUUUAUUUUGAGGGCUUCAGCCAAAUUGUCUUGGAAUUUAAAGCUAAAUUUCUGCAGCUUUCAGUAUGGAGACGAGGAGUAACGUGAAGCUGAACCAGUUUUUACUUGCGCUGGGCCACAACAUGUAUGAGAAAGAUAGAUGAAGUCAUUUGCAUAAAGGUACAGCAUUGGGAUACUAUGUUGUGUUUGUUUUUACAUUUUGCAUUUUAAAAAACAUACAGUGAAGUAAAAGCCAAGGUUAAAUUUCCUAUUAAAGCAAGUUCUAGCGUUGUUUUUGGGUUCCAUGGUAGUCACACACUGUUCACAUCUACACCCUGUUUAAUAGCAUGACUUGUCAGGAGGGGACGAUGGGGUGAUGGUUCUCAAUUUUCUUUGUACACUCUAAGUGCAGCUGCAUCUACGUAAAAUGUUUUGAAGCUUCUCAGAAAUACAGUAUACUUUAAAAACAUGUAGGGUUAGGGUCGGGGGGAAAAAUGCAGAUAUAGUAAGUAAGAAAAGUGACCCAUAUAGAACGCGUUGUGAGGUUGUGUGCUGGUCCGACUGAUUGAAACGAGGGGCGGGUUUCAGUUGUAAAUGGUGGCUGAUUGCUGUCUAACUGUGUACAUGUUUGUUGGGAUGGCUAUCCCAUAUUUUGUAUAUUGGAAUAAAAAUUUCUAUAAAUUAUCAUAACUGAAAGUAAAUAUUCUAAAUUAAGUCUCACUUCUAAGUCACAUGGCUUCUGUCUUGGCGGCUUUACCUUUAGAAGCUGGCUCGAGACAGGAGCCCUGAGACUUUAGGCAAAGGGAAGAGGUGGGGAAUGUAAUAUAUGGGUCUCGUCGCCUCUAACCAUCCGUGUAGGGUUUUUUCUUUCCUUGACGGCAGUAGAAAGACCUCACUUCCAUAACUUACUACUCUUGAUACUUUCUUUAAAGCUACUUUUCAAUAAAGAUUCUCUCAUGAGGUAUUUACCUGGGAGUUGGGAGGCUAAGGCGCUCAGGUCCUGGCUCUUCAGUGAAUUUAACUGUGUGACCUUGGGCAAGUCACUUAACCUCUCUGUGCUUCAGUCUCCCUAUCUUGUAAAAUGGGAGUAAUACCUACCUCACAGGGUUGUUGUGGGGAUUAAUUAGAUAUAAUGUCUGUAAAGCAUCUAAGGUUCUUGAAGAAGGCGCUAUAUAAAUACAAAAUAAUAUCUAUUAAA